AUGGCCCGAACCAAGCAAACAGCUCGCAAAUCCACUGGUGGCAAAGCCCCUCGUAAACAAUUGGCUGCCAAGUCAGCAGCUCGUAAGACUGCAGCGGCUGGCGCGGCUGGUGGUGUCAAGAAGCCCCAUCGUUUCCGCCCUGGAACAGUCGCUCUCCGUGAAAUUCGUCGCUACCAGAAGUCGACUGAACUCCUCAUCCGCAAACUUCCCUUCCAACGCCUUGUUCGUGAAAUCGCUCAGGAUUUCAAGACGGAUCUCCGUUUCCAAUCAUCAGCCGUGAUGGCCUUGCAAGAAGCCGCUGAGGCGUACCUUGUAUCGUUAUUCGAAGACACGAAUUUGGCUGCCAUCCACGCCAAGCGUGUUACCAUCCAGCCGAAGGAUCUUGCUCUUGCCCGUAGACUGCGCGGCGAGCGAUCAUAG